GCGCACAACGUACGGACAGACUAAAUCAAACCUGACGCGCAACAGGAAGCAGGCGUACUUUUGAUUAUUGAUAUUGCGUUGAUUUAUUGGUUUUUAUACUGUUUAAUGAUGCGUUUUGCUGGAUUAUGCGUCGCGGUGGCAACGGUGUGUUCCGUGCUGACAACGGGGACGCUGGGGUCCCCGGUGGUGGCGGCGGCGAUGCCGGAGCCGAUCCGAUGCGCCCCGUGUACGCCGGAGAGGCUGAGCCAGUGUCCGCCGGUCGAUCCCGGGUGCGCGGAGGUGUUGCGAGAGCCGGGCUGUGGAUGCUGCCUCGCCUGCGCCUUGAAAGCGGAGGAACUGUGCGGGAUUUACACGGCGCCGUGCGGCUCCGGGCUGAGGUGCACGCCGAGAGCGGGCGACCCCCGGCCGCUGCACUCUCUCACCCGGGGACAAGCCGUGUGCGCGGGGGGCGCAGAGCCGAAGCCGACCUCGGAGCUCCAGACACAAGAUCAGGGAGAAGAUGAGGUUGAUAUGGAGAACACUGCCGUGGUUUCGGACCCCGGCUUCAGCUUCUACGUGCCCGGCCACAGUAAACCUUACGACGCCCAGGAGAGCAUGAAAGCCAAACUAGUCGCCAUCCGCAAGAAAUUAGUCGAACAGGGGCCUUGUCAUAUUGAGCUACAAAGAGCCUUGGAGAAGAUUGCCAAAUCCCAACAGAAACUAGGGGACAAACUGACCAGAUUCUACCUCCCCAACUGUGACAAACACGGGCUUUACAAACCCAAGCAGUGUGAAUCUUCUCUGGACGGCCAAAGCGGUCGAUGCUGGUGCGUGAACUCUUGGAACGGCAAGAAGGUUUUAGGUUCCACCGAUCUGGCCGUGGACGCAGAGUGCUCUUAGAAGAGAGCCCCACCUCUCACAAAGAGCUACUGAUUUUCCAUUUUGAUAGCUGUAUUAUUUAUUGACCUCUUCCUCGGGGGUGUUUUUAAUGAGGUACACUGUCAUUAUGGGACUGUGGCCCCCUUUUCCUCUCAAAACACCCGUCCCAAAGAAAAGAGGAGAGGACAUCUAUAUUUCUUUUUCUAAAUGGAGAUUUUUUUAAUAUUAAUGCAUUUACAUUUCAGUUUAUUUAUUUCAACUGGGUCGGAUUUUUAUUUGUUAUUAGUAAUUAUUUCAUAUUUAUAACAUGUUUGCCUUGUUAUUAUUUUUGUAUGGGUGUAUAAAGUGUAUAUAUGUAUCUUGGCCCUGACCAACUCUUGUUGAGUUGAGCUCGCUGUACCAUUUAAGUGGUCUGGAGGUUUGGUUUGUGACAAACCAAGCAAGAACAAAAGCACUGAGUGUCCAUUUUUGUAAAUUUUUUUUUUUUACAUUGUUGCCAUUUGAAUGUCUUUUACGUUCUGAGGUGAAGCAUCAUCAGUUCUUUCCCGAGACCGCAGAACUCUCAAACCAGGGGUGUCCAAAGUGCGGCCCGGGGACUUGCUUUUAGUGAAAAAUUCCUUUAUCAAUGAGAUAUAUUGUUAGACGUUUCACUAAUUUAAAAAUAUGUCCUACUGAUGACCAACAUUGGAUUGGUUUUAGCAUCUUUAGUGUAAAAUAUGUAUCCUUCGCGGCCCCCUGGUGGAAGUUUGGACACCUCUGCCUUACACGCUCUCAGAAAACCUUCCCCAUGGUUCCGUGGGACCCAGAUCGUAUGACAAGUCAGACGGGUUUUUCUACAUUUACCUACCUCCGAUAUUUAUGUGUCUGUAUACAAUACGUGCUAUUUGACUUUUUUAUGUUGCUGUUCUCUCGGAUUAAGAACACAUGACCACCAAGAAGGAGUCCCGCAGUUGAACCGUGGCGUUCAGAAGCGGUGCCUCUUUUCUGAUCUACAUGCUGCUGUUGAAGAGUAUUGAAUAUGUCUAUUCCAAAGUGACAAAACUGCUCACUCACUUUUGUAAUGGAGAUCUAAUGUAAGAAUAAAGGUGAUAUAUUUAUACUGUU